CCCCGCCCCUGGGCGGCCCAUCGAUGAUUCCGCGCUCCGCUCGACUCGCUCCCGCGCGGCUCCCCGUCCUGCUGGCGGCGCAGCGCCGGGCCGCAUGCAAGAAGUGAAAUAAAGUCGAGUGACUCUGUGCAAUGUGGGAUGGACUCUGAUCAUUGCUGGGCUGCUCAGCGGCUGAUGCACUGACCUUUGAUCUCGGUGGCCUUUCCCACCCCACCACCCCACCUGCUCCCGGGCAAGCUGCAUUGUCACCAUGAAUACGUCUCCGGGCACGGUGGGCAGUGACCCCGUGAUCCUGGCCACGGCGGGCUAUGACCACACGGUGCGGUUCUGGCAGGCGCACAGUGGUAUCUGCACACGAACAGUGCAGCACCAGGACUCACAGGUGAACGCCUUGGAGAUUACUCCAGACCGCAGCAUGAUCGCUGCAGCAGGCUACCAGCACAUCCGCAUGUACGACCUCAACUCCAACAACCCCAACCCCAUCAUCAGUUACGACGGGGUCAGCAAGAAUAUCGCGUCUGUGGGCUUCCACGAGGAUGGGCGCUGGAUGUACACGGGUGGUGAGGACUGCACCGCACGAAUCUGGGACCUCAGGUCCCGAAACCUGCAGUGUCAGCGUAUCUUCCAGGUGAAUGCACCCAUUAACUGCGUGUGCCUGCACCCCAACCAGGCCGAGCUCAUUGUGGGUGAUCAGAGCGGUGCCAUCCACAUUUGGGACCUGAAGACGGACCACAAUGAACAGCUAAUCCCGGAGCCCGAGGUGUCCAUCACAUCAGCCCACAUUGAUCCCGACGCCAGCUACAUGGCGGCGGUCAAUAGCACUGGGAACUGCUACGUGUGGAACCUGACAGGGGGCAUCGGGGAUGAAGUGACGCAGCUCAUCCCAAAGACCAAAAUCCCUGCACACAGCCGCUACGCCCUGCAGUGCCGCUUCAGCCCAGACUCCACGCUCCUUGCCACUUGCUCAGCUGACCAGACGUGCAAAGUCUGGAGAACAUCCAAUUUCUCACUGAUGACGGAGCUGAGCAUCCGGAGUGGGAUCCCCGGGGAGUCAUCACGAGGCUGGAUGUGGGGCUGUGCCUUCUCGGGAGACUCCCAGUACAUCGUCACAGCCUCCUCUGACAACCUGGCCCGGCUCUGGUGCGUGGAGACCGGUGAGAUCAAGAGGGAAUACGGUGGCCACCAGAAAGCAGUCGUGUGCCUGGCAUUCAACGACAGUGUCCUGGGCUAGUCCCGUGGGGUGCCCUUUACCCUGUUCGAACCCAUCCUGCCCCUGUGUCCUCACACCACAGAAUGCUGUAACUGCAAGGAAGAUUUAUUGAGCUGUCUGGCUUAGUCCGGGAGGUAAUAAAAGCAAACAGAGACGCA